CUUCUAUCAAUGAAAUUCUAUCGAACGCUCUUUCAUUUGUCCGCAUAUGCAUGUAGACGUCUCUGCUUUCACUGAAUCACUGCUUUCGAUUUCUGUAUUUUUAUUGACGACCGGUGAGGAAGACUAGAAAGUGUGAAAGAAAACAAAUGUACAGGUUUAAUGCGCUAAUCCUCUUCAGCUAAUUCCAGAGGUUAAUCUGCGAUUGCAACUUUUUAAAUCACUUGUAUUAAUUAUUUGUAUGUGAGAUAUCGCGAUCCAUGGACCUAUAAAAUAACUCAGGGUGGUGCAAGAUGGCAAGAAAUGGAGUCGUAUUCGUUCUCCUUCUGUCGUUCAAUGUGAUGUACGGGCUAAUCAUUAACACAGAACCAGAUAAUCUACAAGUGGCUGUUACGGAAAAUGUCGUACAUGUGACUGGCUCGAUCCUGUCCAGUAAUCUAGACAAACUUAGAGGCCACGUACUUAAAAAACUCAGAGCAGGUUUAGAGGUGUCACCAGAUUUCUUGACCAAUUCAAAUCUUUCUGCUACAAUCAAGAUAUGGUGUCCAAUAUCUGGCUCUCGGGUCUUUUGGGUCUCGCCACAGAUUCUAGUGAAACAGUUGGACAAUGCAACGAAAUUAUAUCUUGAAUUUGCUCUGCCUGAAGAAUACAGCUUUGAGUGCAUCAACAGCGAUUUUUGGAACUUGACAGUGUCGUUUUUAAAUGGAGACAGGAAACUGAAUACUCAACGAUAUAAACAGUCUUUAAGAUUUGACAAGUUGGAAGCAUAUUAUCAAGAGGCCGACUGUGACUAUAACACAAGCUCGUGCUUUCCCUGGAAGACGGAUGGGAAAACUGAAAGCUUUAACUCUUGUACCUCUAGUUAUUGCGAAAACAUCCCUAAACUAGAGAACAGGCUUACGUACAUGGCGGCCCCAGAGUCCAUCAGAACGUAUUGGUCGUCACGUGAUAUAUACGGAAGCGGAAGUAGCUGCUCCUUAAACCUUUACAUGACCGCCCAUUUGGCGACGUAUCUUAGAGUGUCAAUCAAUUCAUCUAAAGGAACAACCUCCUUGUUGCGGGAGAAGUUUAACGAGGAAAACAUGGACUGGACAGUGGUCAAAAUUCCUAUCGGCAAAGUAGACGAAGUCUUUAGACUGAACGUGUGCAUUUACUCGCUUUACAUAGCAGCUAUCGAGAGGAUUUGGUUGGAGAAUUGCACCGCCAUGGAAGCGGACACCAGCUGUGCGGGCGAUGACUUUCGGUGUUCCACUGGGAAAUGCAUACCACGUGACCGAGUGUGUGACCUGAAUCCUGAUUGUCCACUUCUGGAUGAUGAAGACAAAGAGUUUUGUAAAAGUCAGAUGUAUGAGGAAUUUUGUGAUCUAGAAAGAGAUACCUGUAAUUGGACUCCAACUCCAGAGUGCUCGUUCGUGAAGCAGGACCUCUUUAUUUAUGAUCCAGUUCUAAUGAAACAUAAGGAAUAUUGCAAUUAUGAUGAACAAGAUUUUGUCUUCGUUGCCCAAAAUUGCAAAAAUGGUGUCCUUUCGUCUUUGAAGAGUCCAUUGAUGCCUCCUUUUAAUUCUUCAAAGGAUUGCAGGUUACGUCUUUGGUAUGUUGCCGAUAUGUUUGAUGUUAUCAAAGUCAAGGUAUGUUCUAACGAGUCCAGUUGUAUCAUCAUCAAAAGCCUGACCAGUUGGGAAAGCCAGCCGGAAUGGAACAGGGUGUCUAUACCUCUACCACAUCAUUAUCAGUCGUAUUAUGUCGUAUUGCAAGGGAACCAGGCAUACGGCAAGGUGCUACUGGAUCAGAUUAGUUUUACGGCUGACUGCUUCACAAAGUCAGACACAUGGCAAGAGCCACGUUUGGAAGAAGUGUCAAUGAUCAACAACACUGAAGACAGUUCGGACUACAUUCUGACAGUGAUCGGGGUGGGAGCUGGAGUUGUUCUGGCAUUGAUAACGGCCGUAGUCAUUUUUUCAGUUUUCAAAAAGAGACGAGACAUCAAAUCUAACGAAAGCUGCCAAAAUAUACUCCCGUCAUCCACUGCAUCUUCCGGUCUUGAUGGAAAAUGUUCUUUUCCGGUGGAUAUUUCCGAUUCCUCGUCAGCGGACUGUGAGCGCCAGUCCUUGGUUCCCAGUAACCUAGCGGUCUCUAGCAUCUCCCCGUAUUACGAGUGGACAGAGGAUAAAAUCAGAGAUAUUCCGAGAAAGAAGAUCACACUUGUAAAGUUACUUGGUACAGGCGCAUUUGGUGAGGUGUACUAUGGGAUGCUGGCGGACGUUUCUCGUCGAAAAAAUCUUCCUAUAGCAGUAAAGAAACUAAUUACUUUAUGUCCGGAGCAAACAAAAGCAGAGCUCUUCUUUGAAGCAAUUACCUUGAGCAAGUUUAGCCAUCCAAACAUUGUUCGAUUUCUCGGGAUAUCGACAGACGAGAUGGACCAGUCCAUGUAUCUUUUGCUUGAGUUGAUGGAAGGUGGCGACUUGAGGACAUUCAUCCGAGAGUCUCGUCCGAAGCAGCCAAAUGAACCCUCCUACCUUACACUCCAUGACCUCCUGAAGUUAGGAAUGGAUGUAGCUCGCGGAUGUCAAUACUUAGAGCAGAACAAAUUUAUUCAUAGAGAUAUUGCUGCAAGAAAUUGUUUACUAACAGAGAAAGGACCCAAUCGUGUAGCAAAAAUAGGGGACUUUGGAAUGGCUAGAGACGUUUUGAGGACAAACUACUAUAGAAAGAAUGGCAGGGCGAUGGUCCCCGUGAAAUGGAUGCCCCCGGAGAGUUUUCUUGAUGGAAUAUUUACUUCCAAGACAGACAUUUGGGCUUUUGGAGUUGUAUUGUGGGAAUUAUUUACAAUGGGUCACGUGCCAUAUCCCGGCAAAUCUAACGAUAACGUAAUGAAGUAUGUCAAAGGUGGAGGAAGACUUGAAAAAACUCCACUGAGUCCGCAUCCAGUAUAUGAUUUAAUGAUGCAAUGUUGGCAUGUGAAUCCAGAUUUUCGCCCAAAUUUUGCAUCAGUUGUGGAUGAACUAGAGAGAAUUUACAAUGAAGAAGAAUUAUCAUCCCUGAUAACAUAUGAAGAUAUCAUGGGUAUCCCAUCAAACACUUGUGAUAAAGAUCACUUGACAUCCGGUAGUGUGACGUAUGCAACGGAUAUUAAAGAAAGUAGUAGCAGUUUGAAGUUGAUGUCUGAUGCUGAUGGUGAUUAAAUAAAAUGCUGGCUUUCAUUACGUUUGAAAGAAAAUAUCAUUCGGCUGUUUGAUGCAUUUCGUUUGGCAUAUUCCACAGGCAGCUUGUAUAUUUGACUAGUUGUAUUGAGUUAUGGAUAUUUUUCAUCAAAUCAUUAUGUUAAUGAAAAAAAAUCAACGAGAGCAAGAGAGCAAAAACGAGAAAAGAGAGAGAGAGAGAGAGAGAGAGAGAGAGAGAGAGAGAGAGAGAGAGGAAUUAGCAGAGAAAAAAUUACUUUUGAAUGGUUACUUGGUUUUCUAUGUAUUUUUUCAUUGUUAAUUGUUGACUUGUAUAUUGUGAUUUCUGUUAAACGAGACGAGGAAAACUCUACAAAUUGUAAUGUUUUUUAAAAACCAUAUGAUGUACUGCUUGUAACAUUCCAGUGAAAUGUGUUCUUUUCACGCUUGAUGUUUUACAAGAAGCUAAAAAAGAAUGGCAAAAUUAACCCGACUACAUGCUUCAAAUUCAGACAUUACUAAAACCUACUUACUGUAAGUAAAGACGAGUUUGAGUAUCUAAGAAGGUUUAAAAGUUUAAUAUGUAUCUUAUCAAUCGUGAUGUUGUUAUUAUUUGUGAGAAACUAAUUAAGUCAAACAUAAUUAAUAAAAUAUUUAUAAAACAGA